AUGCAGGAGAUGGUGGAUCUGAUCCUACAUGACGGUGAUGAGCAGAUAUGCAUGAGAGCACCAAUAUAUGAAAGAAUUCCCUUCAUUAAAAUAUCUAUCUAUGACCUCUACAUUGAAGGGAUUGAAGAAGUGAACACCAGGCCAUCACCACGAGUACUGAAGAGCCAUCUGCCCUACCAACUGGUUCCACCAUCAUUCUGGAAACACAACUGCAAGAUCAUUUAUGUGGCGCGCAAUGCCAGAGAUACCUUGACUUCCUUCUUCUACUUUGACCAUCUUGUACAGAUCCACCCAGAUCCAGGGUCAUUUGAAGACUACCUGCAUAGGUUUAUGAAGGGAGAUGUGGGCUGGGGCUCCUGGUAUGAUCAUGUGAAAGGUUUUUGGGCAGCGAGAGACAAGCACAACAUUUUAUAUAUAUUUUUUGAAGAUCUAAAGAAGAACCCCUCACAGGAGAUUCGGAAAGUGGCAAAAUUUCUCGGUAAAGAAUUGUCAGAUGAUUUAGUAACCAAAAUUGUAAAACUCAGUUCCUUUGAACACAUGAAGAACAACCCCAUGGCCAAUUAUUCUGAAUUCCCUAAGGAACUUCUUGACCAGUCAGAUAAAGGCUUCAUGAGAAAAGGUAGGUUGUGGCUUUGA